CUCGUGAGUGAGCUCCAGCCAAUGGCGUUGCGCCUUUUCUCAGUUUCUUCCUGAUUCCGCUCGCUUAUCAUCCAACCCGAAGCGUCACGAGCGCCUUCUCUGCCUGCCCGCACCAGAGAGAGACAGCUUCGUCCUUGCACACAGGCCGGAAAGAUCCAGAAUCAUGUCUAUCCUGAAGAUCCACGCUCGUGAGAUUUUUGACUCCCGUGGCAACCCCACUGUGGAAGUUGAUCUUUACACUAAGAAAGGUCUCUUCAGGGCUGCAGUUCCCAGCGGUGCCUCCACAGGCAUCUAUGAGGCUCUGGAGCUCCGUGACAAUGAUAAAACACGCUACAUGGGCAAAGGAGUCAAAAGAGCAGUUAAAUAUAUAAAUGAUUUUUUGGCCCCUGCAUUAUGUAACCAGGAUGUGAACGUUCUGGAGCAGGAGAAGAUCGACAAGCUGAUGCUGGACAUGGAUGGCACUGAAAACAAGUCUAAGUUUGGUGCUAAUGCCAUCCUGGGCGUCUCCCUGGCUGUGUGCAAGGCUGGUGCUGCAGAGAAGGGCGUUCCCCUCUACCGCCACAUUGCUGACCUGGCUGGCAAUCCUGAAGUCAUUCUCCCAGUUCCUGCUUUCAAUGUCAUCAAUGGUGGCUCCCAUGCAGGCAACAAGCUGGCCAUGCAGGAGUUCAUGAUCCUGCCCGUUGGUGCUAGCAGCUUCAAGGAGGCCAUGCGUAUUGGUGCUGAGGUCUACCACAACCUGAAGAAUGUCAUCAAGGAGAAGUACGGAAAGGAUGCCACCAAUGUAGGAGAUGAGGGUGGUUUCGCCCCCAACAUCCUUGAGAACAAAGAAGCUCUGGAGCUGCUGAAGCAUGCCAUCGCUAAGGCCGGCUACUCCGAUAAGAUCGUCAUUGGCAUGGAUGUAGCUGCUUCUGAGUUCUACAAGGACGGCAAGUAUGAUCUGGACUUCAAGUCUCCCGAUGACCCUAACCGCUACAUUUCCCCCGACAAGCUGGCUGAUCUCUACAGGAGCUUCGUCAAAGAUUACCCAGUGGUGUCCAUUGAGGACCCUUUUGACCAGGAUGACUGGGAGGCAUGGACCAAAUUCACAGCCAGUACCAGCAUCCAGGUUGUGGGUGACGAUCUCACCGUUACCAACCCCAAACGCAUCUCCAAGGCUGUGUCUGACAAAGCCUGCAACUGCCUGCUUCUUAAAGUCAACCAGAUUGGCUCCGUCACAGAGUCUCUGCAGGCCUGCAAGAUGGCCCAGAGCAAUGGCUGGGGUGUGAUGGUCAGCCACCGCUCUGGAGAGACAGAGGACACCUUCAUCGCUGACCUUGUGGUUGGUCUCUGCACUGGACAGAUCAAGACAGGUGCACCUUGCCGAUCUGAGCGUCUGGCCAAGUACAACCAGCUCCUCAGGAUUGAAGAGGAGCUUGGCGACAAGGCCCGUUUUGCUGGCCAGAACUUCAGACACCCCAUCUGAGCUGGUCUUCCUCCUUGGGCCUCUGUGUGUUCAUUGCUCAUAUAUAAUCCUCACACAUACAGUAUACGCCACUCUAGGUUGCCUACCCUGUUAAAGAGAAGAUGGAGAGAAACACCGCUAACAUCUAAGGUCCAAGUCUGUGGUCUGUGGUCUGUGGCGUAGAGAGGGGACAGCACGUCCUAGUACAGUCACAGUUGUUCAGCUCAUCUUCAGUCUCUGCUUUAGUUCCUGAAUAGUGUUGGUCCUUGUGUUUUUGUCCGUGUAACUGUGUGAGAGAUUUUUGUUCAGCUUUUCGUGAGUUGUAGUGAAAUUGGUCCUCUGAGUAUCUGAGCUACUGCAACAUUAGUGAGGCUCUGCUCUAAGCAUUGAUAAGACUAUUGUAUGUGCAAUGUAUCGCAUCUGAUGAGGUCUCGUGUUGAUGUACAAGUCUGCAGAAACGUGUAAUAAAUAAUAUAGUUUGAAAGGUUA